CAACUGAUAGAGAUAUAAAUAGAAACUGAAACUGAAACUGAAACAAAAGCAUUGAAGGAUUGGAACUGGACCGUCAGGGCCUUCAGUGAGGAUCUUCUUCGUGGACGAAUCAGGCGGAAGGGAAAGCUUAAAAGCAAGUAGCGUGCAGUGUGUAGCGAUUUUCAUAUUCAUGCCAGUCCGGAUAAGGUUUUUCCAUGUAGGAAACUUGCACAUGCGAGAACAGGAGGAUUUACCGCCUUUGAAUCUCUAUUUUCACUGUUUCUAGGUUCGGGAUAUUCACGCAAAAUAUUCCAUAGCGGAAGUGUAGGUAGGAAGGAGAAAGAAUGAUGCCGAAGAGACUUCCAGAAUCCCGAUACUGAUGCAUGAACCCCAUGAUCCCCACCACCAACCCUUUGAACGAGGUUUCCUGGCAUCAUUGGCAUCAUCCGCCAUUCUUUCAAGCGCGGAGAGGCACAGAAUACCCCAGAAAAUGGGGGAAAGAACACACCCAAAGCUAUCCGAGGUGGUAGGCUUAUGUGCUGGCUGAGAUCCAAAAAUUUUGUAUUGGUGAGCCAGCUGACGGAGAUAGGAAUAAGAAACAGACUACUCUUAUCUCACUCGGUAGUUCCCAAGAAAUGGUCACCCUCCCUUCCGCGUAUCAAAUGCUCCGUGAGACAUGGCCGCUCUCAGCUUAAUGCGCCAAUAUAUGGCAACAGUAGGCAGAACCAUCCCUGCCCACAGUCAGUAAGACUGGGGAAAGCUGAAGUACUCGUCGGUUUCCUCGGCUUUUGCCGACGACAGAGCCGGCGUGCGGAACGCGCGAGCCCCCUGGCUGAGACGGGAGCUACGCAGCCCAGGUUCCAUGUCAGUGUCUCACUAUAGAAGUUUUGCAGCACCGUUUGAGCCCCACGAGGUCCCGAGGGUAUUGGUUCUUUUCCAGUAAAAGUCUGCUGAAGAGACAGAAAUAGAAAAUGGAACGUAAGCCAAUCAGGGCUUGAACAGAACCUACAACUCUCAGACAAACUCCGCUCGCAGCGCAUCUCGUUAUCGCAUUCUAAUUUGUGGACUCACCACAACGGGUAUCACAGAAAAUAAGCCAAAAAGAAAGAAAAAGAAAAAGAAAAAGAAAAAGGUCAUAAAACAACAAUAAGAUUUACAGAUAUUAAAGCACGGAGUGAAGAAAU